AUGUUGCUAAGACGACUGCGAAGGUCCGGCACGGUGCUUCGCUUUCUUUUCGCGAACAGCUUCUUUAAUGUCGGCUGGACGGUGAAGAGCAUUGCCGGUCAUGGCAAAGUACAGGACAACCGUGAUCUCGUGGGAAAAGUACAGGCACAGGAGCAGCAGGCAGGUACCGGAAGACAUCAGAGUAUUAUUGACAAGAAACUUUCCGAGGAAACGGACAACUGGCGUUGCGGCAGCAAUAAUUCUCAACAGAGUUGCGAUGGGGCCAUCGCAGCUGCAGAGGCAGGCGAAUACGAAGCUGCGAUGUCAGGCCAGAAAUGCCAGAGCGCUAAAGAAAGCAACACUGUACCAGAAAGUCGCCUGUGUAGAGGAGGUAUUAUAUCUGCUUACGAUUUUUUGCUAUUGGAUCCCGAGCUCGAGCGCGACUCUACACGUGACAAUCACGGACAAUCGAAUGACGCGUGCGCAUCAUGAAAGUGCCGCACGUGAGAAAAGUUAUAGGACUCUCAAUCAUGUUGAAAAUAAUUCAGGUUCGUGUUUUCCUUUCUUCGCGGCCGCGCUACGAGAUUGGCGCUCUGGAACGGAGCGGCAGGUUAGGAUGGAUAAAACCCAAUCCUCUGAUGGGUCCAUGCGUGGCCACACGACUGCCGAAAAGAAUCAGACAGGUCGCAAGGCCGCUGGUAGCCAGACAAGUCCGGACGCGAGAUCAGGGCGGAGUACCCAAGCUCCAUCAGGGGGAAGAGAAGAUUUGCCGCGAGAACAACUAGCGCCAGCUUCUCAAGAAGCCAUUGCAGCUCCAGCUUUGCCGGUCGGUGACCAAGCAGACGAAGACUUGCUCAGAAAAAUCAUGGGCGCGGAAGCGGGUCUCAUGUUCUCCGGCGAGAGAAAGCUGCUCAACGAAAACCAAGGGGUUUUGAGUUUCCUUUCCGCCCAAGACGUCGGAAAGCUGUUGCAAUCCACCAAGGCUGGCUUUGGUGGAAAAGUUGCCGCUGCAGCCCAUGCGCAGCACCACAAUGACACCUCCCUGGAAAGCCGUACAGAAAGCUGCGAGGACCUCUUUCUUGAGGUCUUGCGAGAAAGGGUUGGAGCAAAGCGACCCGAGGAUUAUUGGAAUAGGCAGAUAGACAUGGGGGUUGAUUACCUAGAACACUUCCUCCUCCAAAUGGAUCGGGACCAAAAUGAUCGGACACUUCAUCCGCCGCAGACAGCCACGUCUCCAGGGGGGAAGCAGAAGCAGGAUUGGACCGUACUUAGAUACUUCAUCAAAUACCUUUAUGGACUGCGAUCUGCUUACCUUUUUUUAUCAGCAUUUAAUCGCAUUUCAUUGUACUGUGUGUCUUUUUGCUUUUGCUUUUGGCAACACCAAAAGUUAAGUAUCGCAUUGAGAAAAAAGUUUUGUGCAAUUACUAACCACGGUUUCGAAGAAGGAUGUGACAAACUCUCAUGUGCAAAAGGAUCUAUCUAUUGUGUUUUCGCACCACUAGGUUUACCUGUUGAUGACAAUGGCGACAGAAACAUGUGGGCCCGCAGUACCACAUCGGCGCGCGGAUACUACCAACAAGUGGCUCCUGUACAGCUCGAAAGCUCUGGCCAAGGGUUGUCACAGAAACGAUCGAACUUUCUUCCGCGAGGUCCUAGAUUUUUUUCACGAGGAUGUGCCGGUCCACAGAAGGUCUGUUAUGACGAGGCUUCUCAAACGAGAAACGCAGUCAAAGGCAGUGGUCUGGAAUCCGCCGAGAACUAAUGCCUUUGCUAGGCAACGUGCUGCCGGCGGUCCACCAGUACAGCUAGUAGACAUGUCUCUGAACCCGAAUCAAAAGACUUUGGAUGGGAGGUGCCGGCUCGCGAUGGCGACCGAAUUUCUUUUCCAAAAGCCCAGCCGUGUGUACGAACGCCUAUUCCCGGUCCGAUUGGGUUAUUGCUUGAACAAAUCCGCGGAGCUGUCCGACGACAAUGGCGCGAGGCCUUUUGCCCACUUUUUCCAUGAUGAUCCUCUGCGACUGGACGCGCAGUAUUAUCCAGCCUUUCGGAAGAUGUUCCGGAAGCUGGCUGGAAGAUGGCGGUCACAGUCCGAUGGGUCGGACCUUGGCUGGUCAUACGAUCAGCUGCAGUGGGACUGGCGCAGCUUUCAUGGGAAACGUUUAAAGCACACGUUUGAAUACACGGGGAAAUAUCCAAUCCGCCCCGUGCCAAAAAUGUUAGACAACAGACCUGCAGAUUUCCUUGUCAAGUUCCCUACCAAAAUCCUGGACGCUUUGUAACGGAUGUCAUGCAUCCACCGGAGCGACCUUUACUUUUGGCAGGCAUCACAGCGCGCUGAGUGCGAAAUUCAUGGCGCUUAGACUUGUCGCAGGGUGUCCAUUGUCUCACCCUGAACUCACUUUCCGGAAAAACUAGCGCACUGAUGCGAUUAAUGCCAUCAGACAGAAGGCAAUGCUUUCUCGCGUUAUCUGGCAUGACCCACCGGAAUUAUGAUUAUCACGUUGUCUCGCAUAGGAUAAGGAUUAGUAGGGCACGACACCCUGAAUUGCCCGAGUGAAGUGUCGCACAAAGAAAAUCAACCAAUCCGCACUCCCACUUUCCGCAAUUUUUCUUUGUGAGUGCUCGUCUUUGUGGACGCGCUUGCGCUUUUAUUUAAAUCAACGCGUUUAUUUUAUGUAUCUAUACUUCGAUUGAAUGAUGUGAUGUACAUGUAUGUAUAAUUUCUUGAGAUUUGAUUUGCAUUUCAGCCGCGUUUUACCCUAGCCGAGAUUCAGGCACGCCUACCAUAGAUUCUUUAAUUGUUUGAUAGAAGAUGAGCUCCACUAUAAAUAUCUUGUAGAAUCAUGUUGCAGAGACGUAUAAAUAGAUGUAUGAUAAGUUCUACCUGACUCUGCUGGAGAUACACUUGUGGUUGUGGGCAACAGGCACAGGAAAAGAGUCGAGUGACGAAGACGUUAGAGGCAAAUCAAUCUGGUCUGUUUGUGUUCUUGUAGUGUGUUUCUCUAAAGUUAGACAAGGAUGAGAUUCUAUUGCGACGACCGUCGGCUCUAACAAGAGAAUAUUAGUUUAUAGACAAGGCUUUAGCAUUGUGGGGUAUAUUAGACACGAUUCCUGCUUGGAGUAGGGAUUUGCAUACACGCUUUGAGUUUGAUCUGAAUGCGCGUUGAGUUCCCAUAGGCCGGCUGGCAGAGCCGCGCAACGAAGCCAACAAGGAGCUCGUAAUUCAAACAAAUUAAAUAAUAUCGUAGUCUGGCGGUAGGCCUAAUGGGUCCGCGAUCGAAAUGACUUCAGAAAUUGGGAAGGAAUUAUAGAUCGUUGAAACUUUGACGCAAAUGUAAAAACUCAAAAUGCGCCACAAAAAUGAUAAUGCUAAAAUUAGGAUCAGCGAAAGGAUAAAAAUCAUAGGUCUCGCGGUGACAUUGUCAAUGUCUUUAUUCGGUUUCUUUUUUCUUAUCGGACACAAAAACAAAAUGGUCGCUCCUCAGAUCUGGCAAGAAAUGCAAAUGUUGCAAAAUCUCAUCGAAAUGAAAAAAAGAUUAGAAGUGCAACAAGUAGAACAAGUCUUUGCAAUAAUUUUCUAUUGGUUUUUGCUGGAAAUGAAUUGUUGCUUGAUCAAAAUAAAGGAUCUUUCGCUUGGUAUUCGAUAUGCAAUCAAUAAAUCAGGA